GAUUUCCUUGUUUAUAAUAUUUAUCUACGUUCUUGACUACCUCAUUUACUCAUUUUACUGUCAAGGCAAGAUAGACUAGGCAUAGACGUAAAUCUAGAUCUGCUUACGCCAGGCAAGCUAUUGAGCCUUGGCAUGAUCCGCAUUUAAAACAGUUAAUACCUUGAGCUUUUAAGAUUUGUAUAUCUAUUAUUAUACUCUAAUUUCUAAUUAUAGAUCUAUUAUAAUCUAUAUUAGAAAUGAUCAUGGCUGCACAGCACGCAAUAAUUCAUUUAAUUGCAACCACAACUAUUUUUUGUUUAGUUCUGUUUAUUCAAACAGAAAGUCGUUUAACAUAUUCUGUUGUGAAAACAACUUCUCUUGAAUUUGAAUCAUCCGAUCUAAAACAAAAAGCAUAUUCUGAUUCUCGAAUUCAUCAGGCAGACUCCAAAGAUAAAUCUACAUUACCCAAAGUCAAUGAUUUCCAUUCAAUCAAAAAGAAUUCACCUCCUUGUUAUGUGAAAAAAUUUAACUUUUCGCAUCCAUCUCAGUUUGUCAAAACUAAAAAGAGACCCUUUGAAAGUAAUCAUGUUCUUCAAAAUUUACCUGAAGCUCUUGAUUGGCGAAACGUUAAUGGAACAAAUUAUGUUAGUACUACUCGUAAUCAGCAUAUACCACAAUACUGUGGCUCCUGUUGGGCUUUUGGAUCAACAAGUGCUAUGGCUGACCGAAUUAACAUCAAGAGAAAAGCUGCUUGGCCAAGUGCAUACCUCUCUACCCAGGAAGUCAUAGAUUGUGCUCAAGCGGGCAGUUGUGAAGGUGGAGACGACAAAGGUGUUUGGGCCUAUGCCCAUAAAGAAGGCAUUCCAGAUGAAACCUGCAACAACUAUCAGGCCAAAGAUGGAGAAUGCAAUGAGAUGAACACUUGCAAGACAUGUAGCUAUGGUGGAAGCUGUGUUAAAGUUACUAACUUUAAAAGAUGGAAGGUUUCUGACUAUGGUCCAGUGAGUGGACGGGAAGCUAUGAUGGCAGAAAUUAAAGAAAAUGGACCAAUCAGCUGUGGCAUUGCUGUAACAGAUAAUUUAGAAAAAUACACUGGUGGAAUUUAUAAAGAAUAUAAACUUUUCCCAAUGAUCAAUCACAUUGUCUCAGUUGUAGGCUGGGGAGUACAAGACGGAGUGGAGUACUGGAUUGUUAGAAACUCUUGGGGUACUUACUGGGGUGUUGAAGGCUGGCUAUAUAUUGUGACCAGUAAGAAUGGAAAUGGAGAUUACAACCUGGCCAUUGAGACAGACUGUGCUUAUGGUGACGUGAUAGUUGAUUAAAUUCCUGCACCUAAUAUACAAGAAGACUUUUCACUUGAACACAUUUAUAAACAAAAUAAAAUAAAUUGGUUGAAAAAUUUUACAUUAAGGACAUUUAAGACAUUAGAAUUUUAUAUAAAUAUUAAUUUUCUCUUCUUUAGAAUCUCAAAAUCAUCACUCAAAACAGAUCUAAAAUGAUUUAUUAGGUUUAUUUAGAAAAUUUACUAUAUAUCUUUUUGUUCCUUAAUUAUCAAUGUGGCUAACUGAAGAUGUAUUCUGUAUUCAACAUGUGGAUUAAUAAAAAAAUAUAUAUAUAUAAUUUUUGUCUACAUAGUAUUUUUAACUGCUUUUUCUUUUUAAUUUUAGGAUUAUUCCUAACGGUAAUUUAUUUCUGUAAAAAAAAAAAUAAUUACUUGUAGGAUAAUUGCAAAAUAGGAAAUUAAAAUAUUAAAGCAUUCAUUUCCGAAAGGAACGAUAAUAAAAUUAAAUCUAUAUUGUUAAUGUCUUUAUGGAACCAAUCCUUCUACCUUUGAAAUAGUGACAUUUGCAGCUAAAUAUCUAAUUCAACAACCACAUUCUGGCACCUCUCAUUACAUAAUCCCUAUGGAAAGUCUUUCAUGAAUUUCUCAUUCUGAAUUUCUCAACAUACUUAAGAUUUUGCUUAUGAUAUAUAUUGUAAUUUUUAUACAAAUCUUUAUCUCUAUACAUUUGAAGUAAGCAUAGAACUGUUUACUUACUGGUUUCUAUUUUAAAUUCAUUCCCCACAUGUUCUAAGUUUUCAUUGAAUAAUUUUGUGUACAUAAUUUUUUAUUGAUGCAUUACAAUUUUUUGUAAUCAAAGCUUAUCAAACACUUUUUUUUUUCACAACUUUUCAAACUGAAAAUUUAGAAUGCUAAUAUUACACAUUGGAAAACAUACUUUAAAAAAAUAUAAAAAAUUUUGAUCACCAAAAUGUGAAAAUCUGAUAUUAAUUUAGUUUUUAAGAGUGCUGCCAAGGCAUUAGGCAAAUUUGAACAUGCUCUAGGCAUCUGUACAAAGGAUUCAUUAAUAUUGUGAUUCCUUACAUAGAAACCCGGGGGGAGGGGGGGGGGAAUUAUUAAAAAGCAACAUUUUUUUUUUACCUUCAAUAAUUUACUGUAUAUUAUCAAUAUUCUCAAAAUAAAAAUGAAUUUAUUUUCAAAACAUCUUACAUUGAAUUUAUAAUGUGUACUUUUGUAUGUUAAUACUUAAAUUUUCACUAAUGGUUUUAUCAUAUCAAUUUAAGUUUGGUAUUUCCCUAUAAUAUUUCAUUUUAAAUUAGAAAUAUUUUUCUAUUUACUAAUUUUUAGAAGAAUGUCAGUUCAACCUAGUAACUUUUUUGUUUGCUCUGUAGAAAUGAAAAUAAAUAAAUAAAAACUUUCAAAUGAAAAAA